UUUGUUAUGCACAAACAUACAAAUAUUUAAGUGAAUGACACACACUUCCUACCCUGACCAUAUAUAAUCGAUACAGUGGUGAACCAUGGAAUGAAUCGUUUCAUCAAACUUUUAUGAUAUAUACAUCCGUUAUUUUUAUUCAUUAAUAUUUGUAUUCACAUAAGAUAGAAUAAGUGAAUAUUUUAUUAGAUAUUAAAAAUUAUGUUAAAACAUGUCACAAAUCAACUAGUCAUCUAAUUGAUUUACUUAUAUUAAAUAUGUCUUCGAUUCUUUUACUUUUCUUUAUAGAAUAGCGAUGACGAUCAUCUUCAGAUGUCUUCUACUCUUAGAACUUCUCCGAUUACUUUAUGUAGAAAACUUAAACGUCUACGCAUUACAUCACUCCCAUUAUAUCAUAACUUCGUUCGCCGCUAGAACUGAUCAGAGUUGUUUAAAACUAAUCAGAUUACUUGUCAAUAUCAUAUUUUACAGAACUAAAAUAUAUUUGGCUAAAAAUAAUUCAUUUCAAAUAGAUUAUAUUGAUAAUUGGAUGAUAACAUUAAAGAAUAUAACAAUAUGGGGAUUUGAUAGACUUAGUCAAAUUAAUCAAUACGAUGACCAAUUUUCUAUUGAACAAGAAGAAAUAUGGCUACAGUCAAAUAAAAAUCAACCUAAUAGUGAUGUUUUAAUUAAAGAAUGGAUGAUGAAACGUGAUGAAAAAUUAUGCGAUGUUUACAAAAUUAAAUUUUCAAUUGAAUUAAAUAAAAAUAUUGAAAUGCUUGCAAAUUGGUGCUUAUUUCCUAAGUGGAAUUAUUUAACGUCCGAAAAUAAUUUUAUGCAUGUUAAAUUUAUCGGUUUACGUUUUAAUGUCAGUUUACAUUUGUUUAUUAAUCAAAAUGGCGCAGUUGGUAUGAAGUUUGAUCAUUUAAAAAUAACACGAUUAUCUAACAUACAAUUACAUACUUUUCAAGAUCCUAUUUAUAUUACUUCCAAAAUGAACAGUAGUCAAAAUGAUAUUGUAAAUUCUUUUGAAAAUUUCACUUUAUCUUGGUUACUUGAUAAAAAAUCUUUACGUGAGAUAUUAUUUUAUUAUUUAGAAACAUCAGUUAUUGAUAUAUUGAACAGGAAUUUAAAUCAUUUGCAAAAUAAUUUUACACUUAGUAAAGGUUUAAGCUGCAAUGUUUAAACUUUUUUUUAGUAUUGGAACACUCAAUUUCGUUUUCUACGCCAAUUACAAUAACGUUUGAAUAUUUAUGCUUAUUGUAUCAUACUGUCUGAACUAAUAUAUCGAAUCUUAAUUUAAAAUGAUAUAAAACAAAUUUAGUAUGUACAUGUCAAGGCUUUACAAAAUAGAAUGAUUGGAUAUAGAGCUUCAUAUACGA